AUGUCAUCAUUUGCUGUAGCACAUUCUAUGAUGAUGUCAUCAUUUGCUAUAGCACAUUCUAUGAUGAUGUCAUCAUUUGCUGUAGCACAUUCUAUGAUGAUGAUGUCAUCAUUUGCUAUAGCACAUUCUAUGAUGAUGUCAUCAUUUGCUGUAGCACAUUCUAUGAUGAUGUCAUCAUUUUCUGUUGCACAUUCUAUGAUGAUGUCAUCAUUUGCUGUAGCACAUUCUAUGAUGAUGUCAUCAUUUGCUGUAGCACAUUCUAUGAUGAUGUUAUCAUUUCCUGUAGCACAUUCUAUGAUGAUGUCAUCAUUUGCUGUAGCACAUUCUAUGAUUGUCAUUCUUUGCUGUAGCACAUUCUAUGAUGAUGUCAACGUUUGCUGUAGUGCCUUCUAUGAUGAUGUCGUCAUUGCUGUAGCACAUUCUAUGAUGAUGUCAUCAUUUGCUAUAGCACAUUCUAUGAUGAUGUCAUCAUUUGCUACAUACAUGAAACCUUUGAAGAGACCAGAAAACGCUGGCAUUGUUGAAGCAGGAAUGGUGGAUGUCAUUUUUCAUAAAAUUCCAGAAAUCCUUGAAAGUCAUAGACGAUUCCUACAGCAGCUGGAUGCUAGGAUAGACCAAUGGAAUGACAAACGCAGAGAUGGCGAUCUAAUUAUUGGUGAUCUUAUUAUAGCAUGUUUUACCAAACAACGCUUUUUAGAUGAUUAUUUAGCUUUUGUUGAUAACUACAGACAUUCAAAAGACUGCUUCAAAGAACUCAAAGAAAGCAAACCAAGUUUUCGUCAAUUCUUGGAGAACUGCAGUAGAAAGAACAAGUUUACAUUUGAUGAUAUGAUCAUCCAACCUGUACAAAGAAUACCCAGAUACGUACUGCUUAUUCAGGAUUUACUCAAACACACGUCAAGUGAUCACCCAGACUACACUAGCUUAAAAGAUGCACUGGAGAAAAUACAGAAACUGGCAAAGACAAUCAAUGAUGCAAAGAAUGUUGAAAAGAAUCUAGAAGUCUUACAAGAUAUUGACAGUAUGGUGGAAGGCAAUGCAGAUCUUGUCAUUCCAGGCAGAGAGUUUUUAAAACAAUUCCCUGUCAAUGAAAUGGUACAGAAAGCUAACCGAGAGGUAGUGCUAAAAAAGACCGACAGAGCUAUAUUUCUAUUUUCUGAUUUAUUAAUGUGUACAAGUGUGAAACGGAAAUCUGGACGAGCAUCAAUAUCAGUAUUCCAUCCCAAUCUUAUAAUGGAAGCGAGCAAGUACAAGUUGCUAUGGAAACAUCAUUUGGACGAUGUGGAAGUGGUCAAACCUACCCACUCUAACCGAAGAGCUAGCAUAGAAAGAUUGAUUAGCCAAUGGGAAGAAGACUUGAAUGUUUUGAAUCAGAUAAAUGAUCUGUCUGGAAAUCUGAAUCAUCCACAUGAGUCGUUGGAUGCGGCAUUGAAUGAGUUAAUGUCAAACAUCAACAAGAAAUUAACUGAGAAUAGAAUUCCUGUCAUGUCCCCUACUUUUCCUGCCAAAGAAGUUGAACUACAAGCAACAACACCUGAUGGUCUUGACAGCCAUAUUUUGGUCUUCACGGAUCUCAAUAUGAGAAUUACAUGGGAAAUGGACUUCAAUAAAGCCAAACAGAAACUAGCUGAUUCCAAAGAUACAUUUCCACCAAAAUUCCUGAAGCCAAUUCCCAUAUCGAAGACACGUAGUGGGAUGCAGUUUUCCUGUGCAAGCCCAGCACCUCCAGCAGGGCUUGAGGAACAGCGAGAGGUUUGGGUGUGCAAUAGUGAUGGGUACGUGGGGCAGGUGUGUCUUCUCAAACUAGCACCUAAACCUGAAGUAGAUGCCUGCAAGACGGUGUGUUCAGCACGAAUUCUGUGCAUUGCUCCAAUACCAGCUACACAGAGGAUACCAACCUUCCAUAGGAUACGAGAAGCCAAUCGGAACACAUCAGUACAGUCACCGAUUAGCAUAAACGUGAUAGACGAAGAUUGUAUCAUGACGUCACCACCCCAAAGAAAGAGAAACAAACAAGCUGCGUCAAUCAUAGCGUUUGAUUCGGAUAACUCUGAUGACGGGGCAACAAAAAACUACACUACUUUGCAGUAUGAUGAAGAAGACCUUAGUUCAGAUGAAGAUGAUGAUGGUGGACUGACUAUUCAUAAAAUAAAUGAUGUAUUGGAUGAUGACGAUGAUGAAGAUCCAGACAACUUGAAAGCAACAAUGUGGUUGGGUACAGAGGAUGGAUGUAUUCAUAUUUAUAUUUGCAAUAAUACUGUGAGGAAAGACAAAGCAGCCACGAAAAUCCAGCAUGCAGCUGCGGUACAGUGUAUCAUAUAUCUGGACAAUAAAGUAUUUGCAGCGCUGGCUAACGGCGAAUUAGUCAUGUACAGCAGACAACCAGGUUCACCAUGGGAUUUUGAUAAUCCCCAAACACUGACGAUGAGGAACAGUAACGCUCCAAUAACCAAGAUGGCUGCUGUGACAGGAAAACUUUGGUUCGGAAGACAAAAUUUGAUAACUGUUCUUGAUGCAAACUCAGUUAUGGUGGAGAAAGAGAUACAAGUUAGCAGUGAACAGAACCACAGUGUGCAAUGUAUGGUGACAUCAGGACUUGGCGUGUGGGUGUCACUUAGUCAACAAAGCAGCGCCGUUGUUAAAGUAUAUCAUGCCACAAACUACAGUAAUCUGAUGGACGUGGAUAUAACACAAGCCGUACAUAAAAUGCUGGCAGGUUCUGAUGCAAUAAUUCGUCAGCACAAAGCAGCGUGUCUUCGUAUAACUGCUCUCCUCAUGUGUAAGGACUUACUUUGGGUUGGAACAAGUGCUGGUGUCGUCCUCACGCUCCCCCUGCCAAAAAUUACAUCAACGUUGACCUCAUUGCAGGAUAUUCCUCCUGUCACAGGGUCAGGACAUGGACACACGGGACAUGUGCGAUUUCUGUCAGCAGUAGAAAUGUUAAAUGAUGAUGAUGACGAUGAAGACAGCCCACCUCAAAAGGUGAAAUUUCAGAGAAGGACUUCGGUGUCAGCCUUAAUGAUGCCCAAAAUGUUGGUCAUAAGCGGGGGUGACGGUUAUGAAGAUUUCUGUUCGACAUCAUCAAACGAAGCGGCAGGCAGGGACGACAGCACCAAUCAUUUACUACUAUGGAAGGUCUAGAGAUUGUACAUUGGAUUGUAUAUAUGGAAAGUAUAGAGAAUGGACAAUCACACCAUGAUUAAUUUCUGUGGCAAAUAUUAAUGCCAUUUUACUUUGGUGAAAGCUGUAGAAAACGCCAAGACCCCAUUGACUUCUAUGGAUUAAGGAAUGAUACAGGUAUAAACGAUAAUCAGUUAAUCAUACAGAACAUUGACCAAGGGAUAAUCUACCAUACUAUUAAUUUCUAUGGAAACAAAUAAAACAUACUACGGUAAUCUGAGAAAUAGGAAUA